AUGCAAAACCCACAGUGGAUCACCCUCGUUGUCCCCCCCGGCCUCCCCGGCAAUGCUGGCCCCUCCUCCCUCGACUGGGAUCUGCUCGGCGGCAACGGCGCCGUCCCCUUUUCUACCGACCUCCUCCCUGCCCUCCUCUCAACCCUCCCCAGCCCUGUAGCCCAGCGGCCACACUGGGGCACGAUCUGCUUCCAGGCCACCGAAGAUCUCGAUGACGGGGCUAACCUCCACUCGCCUGCUGUCGUGACGGCUGUCAUCACUGCUCUCAUCAGGGUGUAUGGAAAGACUGCGGAGCUGAGCGUCUCUUUGGGCGAGAGGUUUUUGGGCGGAAAGACGCACGAGAGGCCGUUGCUCCAGUUUGCCAAGCGAAAACCGGACUGGGAGGAGCAUACGGCUGAAGAUGUGCUGAGGAUCCUCAAGGCUAGCAACUCUCAGCCGGGCGCUAUGCUGCACCCUCUUACGUCUGACGCCAAGGCGUCGCUCUUUGCGUAUGGCGCCCAUCUCCACUAG